ACAGCUGACGAUGAGCCCAAAGACCAAUGUCAGAAACAAAAGCGGAAAAUAAAACUGCCAAAAAAUCUUAAAAUGAAAAACAUUAUGAAACACAAAAAGAAUUUCAAAUCUGAAGCUGCACAUGGACCUAAAACACUGUUAGGUAAAAUAACACAAAGUUGCCCAUUUUAAUGCUUGUAAAUUAAACACAGAAUAUGAUUGUGUAAUACAGCUAUAUAUAUUUUAUUUUGGGUCUCGCAAUAUGAGAUAUUAGAGGAUCCUUGCCAAUAAAUGUUAAAACUGUCUUCUAUACCAUACACAUGAGAAUAAGCAGGAGCUAGGGCUUAUCUUUCAGAAGUCAAUAUAAUGUAAUUGUCUCCUCAUAUGAUGCAGUGGAGAUAGAUUUCAGUGGGAACCUUGAGCAGAACCGUUUGGCUGAAGCACAUUUAUUUAACAAAAAAACGUAAAAAGCAAACAGGUGCAUGAUUUGUAAUAAUUAAUAACUCUUUCCUUAGCUUCCUAAAUCCAGCGUUUGGACCAGGCUGUUUCAGAAUCACAUCACUCUGCGCUUCUCAAAUUAUUAUCUUUAAAUAGUUAGCUAUUUCUGUCUGGCAGGUCACAGUGAGGCUAUUUCUGCUUGCAUCUGGUUGACUGGUCCCUCUUUAAUUUGUCCUAUUUGGCAGGGAGUAACUAUAUAAACACGUGGGUGAGGCAGUAUGUCGUCACCAGGCACACCCUCUCGUGUUCUGCAUCAUAUGUAGCCGCAAUCCAGGUCUGUGGGAUAACAUUGGCAGGAUUGUUUGCUGCGUGCUAGAGCUCAUAGUAUACUUUUUCUAUAGGCUGGCAGGUUUAAAUAAUUCCCGUGCUGGCAUUUGGCUGAGGUUGGCCAUUGCAGAAGACCUUGAAGAAAACAAGAAAUCAGAAGAAAUCUGUGAAGAAAUCGCUGGCAUUGAAGGCACAGCUGACGAUGAGCCCAAAGACCAAUGUCAGAAACAAAAGCGGAAAAUAAAACUGCCAAAAAAUCUUAAAAUGAAAAACGGUAUGAAACACAAAAAGAAUUUCAAAUCUGAAGCUGCACAUGGACCUAAAACACUGUUAGAAGUGGACCUUGACAACACUGAAGCAAUAGCAGAUUCUGCUGGUGAUCAUCAUGUUGAAUGUUCGAAACAAAAUAUUAAAAUCAAAAUAUUAGAAAAACUUAAAAUUCUUGACUUGAAAAAAUGGCAGAAGAAUUCAAAAUCUCCUGAAACUCUAACAGUGGAGCUAGAUUUCAGUGGGAACCUUGAGCAGAACCGUUUGGCUGAAGCACAGCAGCAGCUGUUGGAAGCCGAGGAACGUCUCUUCGGUUCAGAAGUGACCAGGACAGAAGACGAGGAAGACAAGCUGACUAUAAAAUAUGAGAUCUUUAUUUUGCGACUGAGAUUGGUCAUCCAUGAUUCUUUCAGUGAGGACAACCAGAAGACACUCGAGAGUGCUGUGACUUCAAUAGUUCAAGAGGAGGCACAGGACAGACGGUGGGCAAAAGAGGAAAAGCAUCAACAACCAGUAUGGAGACCCACAAACUGCAGACAGAUCCAUGACACAUUACUCGAGACUAUAGUGGAGCAUCGAAUGAAGAAUGCAGAUGAACAGGAGAAUAAAGCAGACAACCUGUCUACCUCCUUGAAGAGAGAGGUGUGUCGAAUGGGCAAACAAGUGCAAAAAGAUCUGCUCAGAGUGGUCCAAAAUCUGAGAGAGUGUUACCCACCAGAUUUUGACAUCUGCAGAACAUAUGCUCAGCUCUAUCAUCAAGCUUUUUCCACCAGACUCCAAGAGCUUGCCAGAUCUGAUAUCAGUUUAGAGGAAUGCCACUAUAUAUUGAGUUGGAUUGUGGAUUACUACCCAAAAGAUGUGCUGAAGCAUAAAGAACUAGAGGAGCACAUCAGCAGUUCAUCACUUGGACCUCUGUUACCUGAAAAAGAUUUUAAGAGAUUAGAGGAUCAGUACUUCUCUUUCAAAGAGAAUGAGAUCAGAAAAUGGUUAUCUAAUGCUUUUGAGAAAGAAGUGAAAAAAUGGAGUGAUGACAUUGAACCAGAGCUGAUGGAUGGAUACUACUUCAGUAACUUUGCUUUAGAUGUUUUACCACUUGUUGAUGGGGCUGUAAAAGAUGUCAACACACUUUUGAGCUGUGAACAUAAAGCCUGGAGUCUUCUAAACCAGCUGGAUGGUUUUCUUCUGAGCUAUAAGAUACGUCUGGAGGAAUUUAUCCAAAAAAAACAAGCAAACAUUUCUAAAACUCUCAGUGCUAAUCUUGUCAAUGUUGACCAGUUUAGGGAUUAUGUACAAAAACCAGAACAUUCUUUCUCAGAGUAUACCAGAACAGCUUGCCUCUCCACAUUAGCAGAUCUCAAGAGCAUGUGUCACAAAUACUUCCUCAGAGAAAUUCACAAAGAACUAAAGCCGCUGUACCACAAACUUUGGACUCAGGUUUGGUUUGCAGGACACUGCGAGGUUGUGGAGGAGCUGGUGAAGGAACUUGAGAAGAACAUAGACAAGAUCAAAGAGCUAAGGCCUGUCUGCAGAGAGGAACUACUGGCUGAGCUGCACGUAGAAGUAAUGGUUGAGUAUGUGAGGAGAAUAAUGAAGAGAAAACUGAAACUCAGAGACAAAGAGCAGCAAGACGCAGCUGCUGAAUUCAUUUGCCAAGACAACAAUAAAAUCUGCUCUGCGUUUGCCGAAAUGGGAUCCAGAGAGGAAUGGCUCUGUCAAAUACUGCCAAAGUUAUCAGAGAUUCUGAGACUUCAGGAUCCUGGGAGUUUGCAGCUUGAGAUAGUAACUCUGGCAAGAGACUAUCCUGACAUUACUGAACAACAUGUUCUUGCUCUCCUAAACCUGAAGACCAACCUUUCAAGCUCAGAUCUGCGCAGAAUUAAGGAAAGUCUGACUGAAAACAGAAGCACACUGGACACAGACACAGACGCAACCUCCUUCUUUUCUAAAGUAGUCGUCAAACGGAAAAUCCCCUGGAUGCCCUGAUACACCAACAGAUAUUGGGAAACAGCUGUAAUAGUUAAUCAGUAUUGUUAUGUCAUAUGAUGUUUAUUAUUAAGGAAACUCAUGAUAUUAUUCUGUAUAGUUCUCUAAGUGUCUACUGGACACUUAUGACUCAUUCUCACUGAGAGGUACUAGGUCAGUACACAGCACGGUACGAUUUGGUACGGUACAUGAACAUAACUUUGUGCUUAGCCAAAACUAUAUGACCAGGAAGAACUAAAAGAUGCACAAGACCACGAAUGCCUGUUAUAUAUAACGUUGACCGAAACAAAUAAUAUCUCAUGUUUAAUCACUACUUGUCAGAGGGACCAAUUAGCUUGAGGCUGCUCUGAGCUCUAAGGCCGGAUACAUGAGCAGUGAUCUACAAUGCUACAAAAUCAGCAUAUAAAAUAGGUGUAAAUAAAGCGUAAAUUUGCGUUUUAAACAAGAGAGAAUAUAGGGCACUAUGUGUCACGAAAUGUGUCAGAUUUAUGACCUGUCACAAAAAUAACAGCCCACCCUCCCUCCCUCCCUAGCCUGGUCUGAACACCUGUUUGCGCAUCUGGUCUGGACACCUGUUUGCGCAUCUGGUCUGGACACCUGUUUGCGCAUCUGGUCUGAACACCUGUUUGCGCAUCUGGUCUGGACACCUGUUUGCGCAUCUGGUCUGAACACCUGUUUGCGCAUCUGGUCUGGACACCAGUUUCAUGAUCUGGUCUGAACACCAGGUGGUCUGAACACCUGUUUGCACAUCUGGUCUGAACACCUGUUUGCACAUCUGGUCCGAACACCUGUUUGCACAUCUGGUCCGAACACCUGUUUGCACAUCUGGUCCGAACACCUGUUUGCACAUCUGGUCUGGACACCUGUUUGCGCAUCUGGUCUGGACACCUGUUUGCGCAUCUGGUCUGAACAACUGUUUGCGCAUCUGGUCUGAACACCUGUUUGCGCAUCUGGUCUGAACAACUGUUUGCGCAUCUGGUCUGAACACCUGUUUGCGCAUCUGGUCUGGACACCUGUUUGCGCAUCUGGUCUGAACACCUGUUUGCACAUCUGGUCUGAACACCUGUUUGCACAUCUGGUCUGAACACCUGUUUGCACAUCUGGUCUGAACACCUGUUUGCACAUCUGGUCUGAACACCUGUUUGCACAUCUGGUCUGAACACCUGUUUGCACAUCUGGUCUGAACACCUGUUUGCACAUCUGGUCUGAACACCUGUUUGCACAUCUGGUCUGAACACCUGUUUGCACAUCUGGUCUGGACACCUGUUCGCACAUCUGGUUCGCACAUUUAUGACUGUUUGGGAAUUGGGGGUUUUGUGUGUGUGUAUGCUUUUAACUUUAAAAUGUGAAACAAUGUAUUAAUUGUUAAACAGGGAAUGAAGAGAAGUUUUUAUUGAAGUUUUUGACAUGCAUGUUAACUAAUUUUAUGAAAAAAGACUGAAACAUCUAAACCAAAAGUAUAAUCUACGUUUGUUAAAGCAACAAUAUACAUGACCGAAUCUAUGUUAGCAUGUUUUAAAAGAGGUAUGUUAAAGUUUGUUUUAAAACAACAUCGGCAUAAGAUAGUUGUAGUCUAACACACCAAAUUUAAAAGGUAGAGUCUGUUGCAGAUACAAAGUUAAAUAAAAAUAGAAAAUAGAACUGACCAGCUAACCGCAAUCUGAAAACAACAAGAAAAAGCAUCAGAGACGUUUGUUAAAACAAAAAGAUAGACGUCAAAAUCUAUGUUGCACUUUUCAAAUAAAGUACUUUGCCACAAAUUAGAAAAUAAAAGAAAAAAAAAAUCUCACUGUGAUCUAAAAAAUAUAGUUGGUUAUUGUUAAAACAUCAGCUAAACCUCACUGAUCAAAAUAUGUACAUUAUAGCCUAUUUAUGGCAUGCACCUGCGAGUGCUGCAGAUGUUCUGGUCUUGAUGACCUUUUGUAGCUUUAGGUUAAGGGGUCAUUGUCCGGUCAAAAUGGCGUGUACUUAUUGGCAUGCUUAUUUUACAACACCUGCUGAAGUUAAAGUUAAAAAGUUAAAAGUUAGGUAAAGUUGAGAAUGAGAUAUUUAUAAUAGGGGCAUUUGGUGAAUGUUGUUUCAAACAGAAGUCUAUAACAACAAACUUAAAUAGGGAGCGGUCAAGGAGUUUGUAUUUAAUAAGACGGUCUAUCCUGUAGGAAAACGUCAUUUCAUCUUACUUAAUUUUGUCAUUUCUUUAUUUACACAUAGGUUUUCAAGCAUUAAUACAUGCACGCACAUGACAUCACAAACAAACGUCAACAGAAACAUUCAAACAUACAAACACAAAGACAAACAAAAACACACGACACAAACAUGCACACAUAAACGUAUCUCUACAAGAUGAUGUUUUAAUCUCUUUCAAACCAACAGAGAUCUUUCUUAGUUUUUGUUUUAUUUCAACAAUAUAUAGUUGAGUAUACGUUCAUUCAAGUAGUGAAUAAAAUGAUUGUUACCAACAAAGACUAGUAAUGACAUUACAGUUUUUACCAAAAAAAUCUCUGCAGACAAGAAUAUUUUGCUCAAAGAUAAAAUCAAUGAUGAAACUAUUUCACAUGUCAUAAAAUCACAAUUCUUUGCAGACAACAGUACACAUUGAUCUGUUACAGACCUAAACAGUAAAUAGAGAACAUCGUUGAUGUCCAUCUCAUCUUCACCUUCAGAACUUUUCUGGCAGUUACACAAAUUGGGUCUCUUCUAGUAAUAAACAUGCUCGUCAAAACAGGCCAUCGAUAUCUCACGCUUCUUACUAUUUUCAUUUCAUUCUAGAGAUUUCUUUCACAUUUGGUAUCUCCCGAACAGUCUUGAUCAGGAUCGCACGCCGCCGAGGUGAUCUCUGUAAUGGAGUUUAGACAUCGAGUCUGUGACAUCUUUUACAAAACACGUUUUUCCUGCGGCUUAGUAGCACUUCUGUUGUUCAUCUGCACCUCCGCGAGAAAAUGUGCUAAUCACGCUCCACUAUUUGUGCAGACUGACUCUGUUCAGAAUUCUUUCCAAUAGAUGAACUUCGUCCCCUCGUUGAUACAGAGCUUUGCCACCAUUUCCUAUAAUAUACGGAUUGUCUGUUUUAUUCAGUGAUGGUCCCGUGGAAUUUUUGCUUCAGUUUCAAUAUCUGGUUAAUGGUUCACAUACGCCUUGUCAAGCUCAGACAAAUUGGAUUCUGGAAGUUGAUGCUGUUGAUUCAUGUAGAUAACCAGAUAAGAAAAUCUUGCAGUAACUCACCUGUUCGCAUCGUCAAAGCUGGUAUUGCAAUGCUGCAACUCUGUCCAGUAGUAGUGGUUGGUUUUAAUGAUAGGGUUCAACCUUCGGAAUGAAUGAAGUGAUGAUUAUGAAAUGUGUUUAGCGCCACCCUUUGCUUUAUUUUCCCUUUGCUCUGCCAAAAAGUGGUACUGUACGGUACCCAUUCACAAUGGAAACAGACACAAUUGUGUACCGUACUGUACUGUAGCACACUGCUCAGUGGAAACAGGCCAUACUUUCCUCUUCUCUAAAGUACUAGUCACAUGGAAACUCAUCUGAAUUCCCUUUUAUAUCAUGUGCAUGUUAAACAACUAAGCAUACUGUGAAAUUAUCCUCUGCACAGUUGGGGUUGGAGUCUAUCCCAGCAGGGGACCAGUAUAUUUAUUAAAAAAUGAUAUUAUUGUUACACGUUAUGUUAUUGUAACACUUGUUCUACGAUAUUAAGGUUGAAAACAUUGCAUUUUGAAAGUUGUGUUUAAUCAGUUAAUGUUUUGAAUGUGACUGAACAUUACAAGGCUUUUUAGAUCACUGAAUUAAAAUCUGUUGAGAAAACCUAUGAAAGGCAAAAUGUAAAAAGGUACAUAUUUAUUGUAUUGUAUUGUAGUGUGUUUUGUAGUGUGUUUUGGCUUUAUUUGAAUACAGGAGCUGAAAAUAAAUACCUUUCAUUCUGAUGCAGCGCA